UUCAUGGUUUCUUCGCUACUCUAGGAAUAAACACAUUAGGUUCCAGCUCAGUCAGGCUUUCCUUGGAGUAGCGAGAUAACGGAGACAGGACAGUUCAAUAUUUGAGGAAUGGCUUCCAUCCGUGUCGUCGUUUUGAACCUUUUCCUUCAUUUCUGCUUCUCCUCCUCGGCUUCACCUCCGAACUUCGUCGUCCUGUUUGCGGAUGAUUUGGGUUUUGGGGACUUGGGGUGUUACGGUCACCCCACAUCACUGACUCCGAACCUGGACCGCCUAGCAGCGCGAGGACUGCGCUUCACCGACUUUUACUGCAGCAGCCCGGUGUGCAGCCCGUCCAGGGCGUCUUUGCUGACGGGGCGCUAUCAGACCCGGUCAGGUGUUUAUCCAGGAGUGUUUUAUCCAGACUCUAUAGGCGGCCUUCCUCUGAAUGAGACCACCAUCGCUGAAAUUUUGAAACCUCUGGGCUACGCCACUGCUGCUGUUGGGAAGUGGCACCUGGGAGUUGGGCCUAAUGGAAUGUUCCUCCCAACCAAUCAGGGAUUUGAUGAGUACCUUGGAAUUCCUUACUCCCACGAUCAGGGCCCCUGUCAGAACCUGACUUGUUUUCCUCCAGAUGUAAAGUGUUUUGGAUUAUGCAACAUUGGCAGUGUAUCCGUCCCACUGAUGCACAAUGAUGUCAUAAUGCAGCAGCCAGCCAAUUUCCUGUAUCUGGAAAGGGCUUACAGCGAAUUUGCUACUGAUUUUAUCAUCAAGUCAACCAAGAAUAAACAGCCUUUCUUUCUCUACUAUCCCUCCCAUCACACCCACUACCCCCAGUAUGCUGGUCCAGGGGCUGCUGGGCGCUCCUUAAGGGGCCCGUUUGGAGAUGCUCUUUUGGAGUUUGACAGUACUGUAGGAGACAUCCUGUCAACUCUGGAGCAGAUGGGAGUGAUCAACAACACACUUGUUUUCUUCACUUCUGACAAUGGGCCUGAGCUGAUGCGCAUGUCGCGUGGAGGUAAUGCUGGCCUGUUGAAGUGUGGGAAAGGCACCACCUAUGACGGCGGCAUGAGAGAGCCAGCCGUCGCCUACUGGCCCGGGACGAUCAAGCCAGGUGUGACUCAUGAGCUGGCCAGCACGCUCGAUAUCCUGCCAACCAUUGCAAGUCUUGCUGGAGCCAAACUACCACAAGUGCUGCUGGAUGGUGUUGACAUGACAGAAGUCUUAGUUAACCAAGGAAAGAGUAAGAGGGAGACGAUAAUAUUCUACCCAACAUUUCCCAGUAAAAUGUAUGGCUUAUUUGCCCUUCGGUUUGGAAAGUACAAGGCCCACUUCUAUACACAAGGUGCCAGGCAGAGCGGAACCACUCCUGACCAAGACUGCCAUGAUUCUGCAACCCUCAAAGCCCAUGAUCCACGACUUUUAUUUAACAUGGAGACAGAUUCAUCUCAAUUCUACCCUCUCUCCCUGAAGGUAAGCCCUGAUCUCCAAGUCUUGCUUGACAGGAUUAUGAAACUCAAGAAGCAGUUUAAUGCCUCUAUGGUGUUUGGAGAGAGCCAGAUGAAUAAAGGAAAGGACCCCAAACUGGAGCCUUGUUGCACUCCCCUCUGUAACCCCAAACCUAGCUGUCGCUGGUGUUGAUGGGACCAGAGGUUGGAUCUUAAUGUAUGAACUGGAUUAUCAAGCAUAGUAUUCCAUUAUUAUUCAAACCAAAACAAUAUCCCAAAACACAAUUUUGGUCUCAUGGCAGGAUUCUUAUUUAACAUCCUUUAACUCCUGUUAUUGUAAAUCAACUCCCCUAUAAUGACAUUAUAAUUUUCUUCACAUUAUUACUGAAAAUAUGUCAGACUGCUUUAUACUUCCUGACUUGUUGAACACUAAUUAGUAAUCAUUUCCAUCUCACCUUGGUGAAUAAUCAUAUAGCUUCAUAUGUACAGGUUUUACAACACAUACAAAAAACUACAGAGAAAAAUAAAGGUUUCAGACAUCAAGCAUAUAUUUUAUUCAUAAGACCAAACCCAUGACAAGGCAAAGUGAUUUUUUUUUCCCUUUGUUUUUCCCCUUGGUUUUUACAAGUCCUUGCUUUUAAAGAUACAAGACCGUAUAAGUUCUGUCACAUACUGAUUUGCUCUAGGAAUACAGUGAAGAAUCUUGUUCAUGUAAUAAAGACAGACGUUUGGUUUA